AUGGAAAAUAAAAUUUUUGCUCUGUUACGUUGGGUUGGAGGAGAAUAUCGUGAUGUCCCGGUAGAAUGGAUUAAAGAUUUUAAUGUUGAGAGUUUUGAUAGUGAAAAUGAAGAUCCCGAUUUAAGUUACGUUGUGGAGUGGCGUGUGAAAAAUAAAAUGCCCAAAAAGGGUUGGCCUUGUGCUGAUGCUCAAGUUGUAGCCGUGUCAGAGGACAAAAGUAAACUACAGCAGAAACUUCAAUCGAUAGAAGGCUCGAGAUCGCCUCUGCGAUGUAAACCAAAGAAAAAAAAUAAGCAGAAGAAUAAUUUGAUUGGUAACGUGGCCAAGAAUAAAAAAGAAACCCCAGCAGCGAUGCAAACAUCAAACAAUGACAUCAUUGGGAAAGCUUCAGGAAGCGGCACGAGCAAAUCAUAUCAAAAUAAGACGAAAAGGACAAGGCUUGAUACUAACUCCAAUCGUUCAGGAAAAAUCCUACCACUCAGAAGAAACCUAGGUGUCGAAGAAAGAUAUGACGAAGAAGAAAAGCAAGAUGGUGAUGGAAAUGAAGAAGAGAAGGACGGAAAUCUCGAAGAAGAAGAGGAAAAAGAAAAAGAUGACUCUGGUGAAAGCGAUGGUAGCUCUAGCGAUGAAGAGAUUUUUGAUGAUUUUGAGGUUCCUGUAGCUACUGAUAAUAAUGGUGGAAUUGGAAAACUUUUCAAGAAGGUUUUCAAAGAAUUAAAAACAAUUGAAUCAAAGCUUGAUGAAAAUCAACGAAAUGAUAAUCCACGUGAUCCAGACGAUCAAGUUGAACUGGGACAUGCAGGAAGUAAUGUUUUUAUACCAUUGAAGUGUUGGACAGCUGCAAAUGCUCAAACGUCAUUUACAUCAAUGGCAAUUUCUCUGGUGAAGUCAGUUUUCAGUACAGAAGAAAGGCUGCGAAGUAAUCUAAGGGGAAAGCGAAGCAGAAUCAACCGCGACGCACCCAUUCGACCAGCCUUAGAUGAACUGAAAAUGAAUGCGAUUGAAGAAGCCGUAAAAAACAAGUUCGACAACUACAAAAAAUCAUAUUUUGGAUCUGCAAUAAAUAAUAUGCUGAAUGAUGAGCGUCGUAAAAACAACGCAGCUGCUAAUAACCUCGAAAAUGCAGAAGAAAAUUAA